CGAUCGGCUGAAUAAUAAUAAUAAUAAAUAAAAAAAGUGCUGUUAAAAAAACAUGCAAUAAAUGGCUCCAAAAACUAGACAAACCACUAAAAAACUCAUCGGAGGUUCAAAAUGCGAUUUUCCUGUAAGCGAUUUACCAACUUAUAGAGACAUUUAUAGAUACUUUUAUUUCGUACAAUCCGAGUUAAAAAAUAAAUCAAACAUAAUUGAUAAAACCCAACAAAAACUUGUGAAAAUUUGGUUAAAAGUAAAUCCAAAAUUGCCCUUGAUAAAAAAUGAGUCAAUUUAUUUAAAAUUGGUCAAAACAUUUAACACAAUGAAACUUAUUAAUGAAAAAAAGUGCAAAAAAAGACCUCAAGUUGCAGCAUAUAAUGCGUUGGAAAAUCUUUAUGAUAUAUCUACCUGUAGAUGCAAUUUAGACGAAGUUCCCUGCUAUGAUGAUAGGGUCAAAUGCAAAUAUCUAACCUGCAAUAAUAAACAUUUAGUAUGUGUUUGUCCUCCAGAGUGCAAGAUUCCGCUGGAGGAACGAGAAUACAUCAAAGACCAAAGAUCAAGAAAUGGCACAAAAGGAAACAUUCAGUUAGGGCCAGUAGAUUGGAGCUCAGUAAAAAAAGAAAAAAGAAGAGUAGGAAAGUGUUCUAAUGUUAAAGUACCCUCAUGUGAUAAUGGCGAAUCAUCUUUUGAUAUAAAUUUGGAGUCUGAUACAGAAUCAUCAUCAGAUUCAGAAUAUAAUGAGUCAAUUGCUAUUUCAACAUAUAAUUUAAGAAAGCUGGAUAACUUUGCUUUAGAGUGUGUUCGGUAUGCGAUAUCGAGUGAAGCUGCUGCAGCUCUUGGUAAUGGACUUUUAAAAGAUCUUGGAGUUAUUACUAAAACUGAUAAAACUGAUGUUUUAGAUAAAAGUAAAAUGGAUCGAGCUAAAAAAAGGGUUUGUCUUCAGUCUGUUGCUGAACACAAUAUCAUAGUGCAAAAUCUAUCAUGUAUUGGAUGUGACAGUAAGGAUGAUAAAGGUAGCCUGGUUUAUAGAAGUAUGUUGCCAGAUAGUAUUAGCAAAAAAAAUAAAUUAAUAGAAAAGGUUUAUCAUCUAAGUUUUACAGUAGAAUCGGGAGAAAUGAAAGGUAGAUAUCUGACACACAAAGAUAUUUUAAAUGCCACAGGAGAAAAUUUAGCGCAGUCUACUUUUGAAGUGUUAAAACAAUACAAUAGUGUUGAUUCUUUGUUAGGAAUUGUUUUUGACAAUACAAAUGUCAACACUGGAUAUAAAACUGGCCUUUGUGCCAGCCUUGAAAGAAAACUUGGCAGAACAAUUCAUAAAAUUGGCUGUGCACUUCAUAGCAACGAGUUACCUUUGCGUCAUAUUAUAGAACAGCAAGAUGGCGGUACAAACACUCCGCAAACAUUUUUUGGAGAAAUUGGAAAAGGUGCAGCACAAGACCUUCAUCAUAAACCCAUUGCCAAAUUCGAACCUGUUUUGACUUCUUUAGUUUUUCCAGAAAAUAGUGUGAUCAAUGACUUAAGUUCUGAUCAAAGGUUAUUGCUGGAAUAUGUGUGUGGUAUAAGUUCAGGUGUUGUAAAUCCAGUUUACGCUCAUUAUAAAAUUGGUCCAGUUAAUCAUGCUAGGUGGCUGACAUUAGCAAUACGUAUUUUAGUUUUGUAUUCAAGAACAGAACAACCUACUCCUGUCCUUAAAGAGAUAGUAAAUUACAUACAGGCAGAGUAUGGCCCCACAUGGUUUGCUAUUAAGAAAUCAAAGAACUUUACUGAAGGGCCAAAAAUUUUAUACACAACAUUAAAAAAUAUAAAAAAUUUUAGCCAAACUAUACAAGACAUUAUACUACCUAUUGUUUUAAGAAAUGCGUAUUGUCUUCUUCCAGAAAACUUUCUUUUAUCCCUUUUUGUUGAUGAUUUGAAAGAAAUACGAAACAGAGCAGUUAGGCUGAUUUUAAAAUGUCGAGAUAAUCCUCCGGCUGCCCCAGUUGAUAGAAUAUAUGGUGGUAUCAGAAUUAACAAAAUCCCAAAUAUUGAAAAUCUUGAAAUUGAAUGUGACACAUGGGCAGAUCUGCUUUCUGAUGAUAAACUGAUCUAUGAACCUCCUGCUACUAAGAACCUGACUUAUCUGGAACUACUCAAUACAAUUGAAUGUAAACCAGAUCCUUAUGAGCUUGGUUGGGACUUUCCGCUACAUAGUCAGUCUGUUGAGCGUGUUGUAAAGCUUGUUUCUGAGGUUUCAAAAAAAGCCUAUUCUUUACAGAAUAGACAUGGUUUAGCAGUAGGGAAGCAAAAAAGUCGAAUAUCAAGAAAAAAGUUUUAUUCAAAAAAAGAUUACGAUAUAUAGUA